AAACAGAAGACCCUCAAGGCGAGCAUGGGCAGGAGUGAGAGCGCCUCAGGUGUGGGAACAUAGGGCUGUUGCAUGAGGCAGGCCAAUCUCUCCACACCCCAGAUUCUCUCCCUCUGUCUGUUUGUUUGCUGGUUCCUCCCUGUCUUGGGCAGGUGUGUCUGACUCGGGGUACAGGUUUGUGCUCUCGCAGACUGCUGAGCUGUACCUGCCAUGGGCCCGUCCAGCGCCUUCCUUGGCGUCCUGUUCCUCUCAGGGACACUGGGUCUCACCACUUCCCCAGCCAGAGGACGGCUCCACUGUUACACCUGCAGCUUUGCCAAGCCCUGGGACCCUGUUCCCAGGGAGUGUCGAGAGGACGAGGUGUGUGGUGUCAGUGUUGGCACCUCAGAGCAAAAGGAGGAGGAGGUCAUUGAGCGGAAAGGCUGCCUCCCCAGAGCCCAGUGCCCUCUGCUGGGCCAUGCGACCUACUGGUCACGGUCCUACUCUCUCCGGCACCAGUGCUGUGAGCAGGACCUAUGCAAUGCUGCCGCCUCACAGCCACCCCCCAACCUUCCCCUCAUGACUCUGCUACCCCUUGCAGCCAUGAUCGGCUGGGGAGUACAUGACUUCCUCUAGCCCAUGCGUACACGGCUGUCAACCCAGGAUUCCAGUGUCACCGUGGACAUGAAAACACCUGCACAGAUGCUGUUGAGACACGCUCAGGAGCGUGACUUUGUAUAAAAACCUCAGCCACCGAUACCAGUACCUCUACAGACCCGGUUCCUACAGCCAGAGUUCUGCUCCCUGCAUGCAAGUGUCCGCAACCUCACCUCAUAAGAGACCCCCAUCUUUAAACCUAGAUGUCCCAGGUCAGCUACCCUGCAUGAGCUGUGGGGUCCCAGGCAAAGGGACAGAAAUGUCACUGGGGCUGGUGAGAAAUAGAGUUCUGCUAGGGGGCAUGUAGCUUGGUACCUGAGGGUCUCAAGAACAGAGGGCUACCUUGGGGAACCAUAAAGAGUGUAUUUAAUAAAAGGGCUAUUGGGUAGAGAUAUAGCUCAAUGAUAGAGUGCUUGCCUACCAUACAUAAGGCAAUCCCCUACACCAUAAAUAAAUAAAUAAAUAAAUAAGCUGUAAAAG